GAGGCGAACCCUGCAUUCCCCACAAUUCCAAUCCGCCUUUGCCUCUAUCACUCGGAUUCCUGCAACUUGGAAGCCAAUAUGGAAGCACGUGGGCUCGUGGUUGCGUCUCUCCUCCUUUGCUUUUUAACAGGAUCUUGUUAUGGCAACCGCCUGUUCUCUUCCCUCAAACAGACCCUUGACGUUACCGCUUCACCUACACAGGGCCAAGUUCUGGAAGCUGGAGAAGCUAAAAUCAAAGUGACAUGGGGUUUGAACAGAACCCUACCGGCUGGCACGGACUCUGCCUACAAGAAGAUCAAGGUGAAGCUGUGCUACGCGCCUAUCAGCCAGAAAGAUCGCGCUUGGAGGAAGACGGAGGAGGAGCUCUCGAGGGACAAGACCUGCCAGCACGUCAUCGUAUCCAGACCCUACGAUGCCUCCAACACGACCGCGCAGAGCUUCGAGUGGACUGUAGAGAAAGACGUGCCCACCGCCACGUACUUCGUACGCGCCUACGCCUUUGACGCCGCCGACCACGAGGUGGCUUAUGGUCAGACCACGGACACCGGGAAGACCAAAAAUUUGUUCCAAGUCCUCGGAAUCAGCGGACGCCACGCGUCCCUGGAUAUCUGCUCGGCUGUUUUCAGCGCUUUCUCUGUGGUGUCCCUCUUCGUCUUCUUCUACAUUGAGAAGAGGAAGGCUAAGGUUUCCCAACCCAAGAUAGAGAUGACGGGUCAAUAGUGUGUUCAUAGGUAAAACGACAUGCAGUAUUGGUUUUCCUUUCAAGCUUAUAUAAGCCCCUUCUAGUUGUAUUCACCCAUACCAAAACGGCCUUUGUUCGGGAAGGCAGAAUGGUCUUGUUUGGAAUUAAGGUGGUGUUCCAUUGUUGUUGUCUAUAUUUUUAGGAUAUAUGAAGAAAUAAUUAAGAGAUAGAAUGCCACUCUUAUUUUUACUUGUUUGUCUACGAUGUUGAGUUCUCUGAGUUGUCAUCAUUUCUAGCGGACUCAUCUAUUGCUAGCUUGUUCAUGCCCACUUAUUCUGCACUAUUUUAAAAUAAAUCAUAGAUUUGAGAA